AUGCUUCGUAUUAACCCUCAACGCCUCCGGAGGCUCGGAACUCCUUACCUGUGUGGUUCCUGCAGAUCUUGUCUCUCGGCGCCAUGUCGUUCUAUACCCUCUCUGUUCCAGAGCACCGUUCCGUUGAGCGUUCGUGGUUACUCGGACAGCGCAAAGGGGUCAACAGCUCCAGAUGAGAUAGAUGCUACGGCAAUAAAGCUACCAAACGAAGAGACCGACAAGAAAAAAAAAUCCGCACGCGCAAAAACCACUCGCUCCCGUCGACAGAAGUCCUCGCCGCAGAAGACGAAGAAAAACCAGGCUACAACCUCUCAGUCCACUUCCCCGGAAUCCCCGUCGACGACGAGCGAAGAACCGGCCGGUCCCGAAGUCAUACGGCAAGUGUUUGAAUCUUUGAAGAACCUUGAGGAUGGUUUCGCCUCUAUCAACUCUAGACUCUCCCUCGUUCAGAAGGGGGCACAGGAUGGCACCAUCACGGUCACCGACAAGGACCCCGACAAUGCAUCAAAAACGCGAGGACUGGACUCGCUCGUCAUACGGCAAACAAACAAGAUUGGCGGGAAGCUCAAGACGAUACGCGGGACUUUGGAUGUACUCAAAAGCGUCUUGAACUCGCAGCAAAUUCCUCUGGACCAUCUGGCCAAGCGACCGAGUGCAAAUGAGCCCUUGUCCAAACCCGCAAAAGCACGCUCGGCUAAAGAACCGACAUCAACAACACCGAGUGCUGGACAUGGUGAAGCUGAAACCUCGGACUCGAAGCUCAUGAUUCGCAGAGUAGAAGUGCGCAGAAAACGUCCGCACAAGCUGCGCAAAUCGCCCGAGACGUCGGCAUCCUCUGCUUCGAAGCCCGACAGGGUCACUUCCGAAAACCCCGAGGCCUUGGAUAAAUGGACAUCUUUUACAAACCGUUUGUCUCGCAGUGGCAAAGUCCCCUUUGGGGCAGGUGCGGCCGCAGCAGCCGCAUCCGCUGUCAACGCUGCUGGUUCCUUCAGUAGUGACCCUUCAAGCGCAACUGUCAAGUCCUCUGCAAAUGGACCAGCGAAGAGGUCGAAGACGUCGAGAAAGGUUCCCGUCGUUAUCCAGGGUGUGUCGGCGAAGGAACUUCAGUUGGUGUCUGUUGAAAUACCGGAUUCGCCGGCGGUACCAAGCCUCUCCUAUGGGCUGGACCGGGUCUUGUUCAAUCCUGGGGUUUACCAUAUGCAAGACCCUCGUUCGCGAGUCUACAACUUUGACCCUUACCUCGCCAACAUCAUGCCGAUCAACGAGUUCGACUUUAACGCGCUUAAGCAGUAUGUCACUUCUUCCAAAGACACUACUUUGGUCGGUCUUGCAGCCAAGCUUCGCAAGAAAUAUACCGGUUCAACUUCCAGCAUGACACAGAUGCUAUCGCAUUUCCACUAUCUGCUCUCUGCUUGGCGACCAAUCAACCCUGCUCAUCUCAGCCGGCAAUUAAACACGGAUCCUCAAUCCUUCACAUUAAUCAUGCGCGCGCCAGCUGCUGCGUUCCUCCACCUCAAAGAUGAUGUAUACGCCAUUGAUGCAGACAAGGAGUACGACACGGCCAACAUUUUGAGCAUGCUUGGAAAGUCUAUGGAGAAGCUUUUGACACUGCCCAAGGAUGAGUUUGAGAGAUACCGUCGGGUCAACUCAGAUCAGAUCAGCGAGGAAGAGCGCAACGCUAAUGAAGCUUUCCAUUUCACGACCAUGGGCGACUUCCUCAUGCGAUCUCAGCUCGACGCGUAUGACCCACGCUUGCCGGGGACUGGUAUGUUCGACCUGAAGACGAGAGCUGUCGUUUCCAUUCGCAUGGAUGCCCAGGGAUUCCAGAAAGGCCUCGGGUACGAGAUUCGCAAACGGUUCGGCAAUUGGGAGUCGUUCGAGCGGGAAUACUUUGACAUGAUUAGAUCGGCAUUUCUCAAGUACUCUCUUCAAGUGCGGAUGGGCCGUAUGGAUGGCAUCUUUGUCGCAUUUCACAACACUCAGCGCAUUUUUGGCUUCCAGUACGUCAGUCUAGAUGAGAUGGACCUGGCUCUGCACGGAACUGAGGACCGCUCUCUCGGCGACCAAGAGUUCAAGCUUAGUCUGCACCUACUCAACAAGGUCCUCGACCGUGCCACUGAGCGGUUCCCCGGUCGCUCCAUCCGCCUUCACGUAGAAACGCGUCCAACCGAUCCUCCUUUCAUGUACGUUUUCGCCAAGCCCGUCACGGGAGAGGAGAUCGAGAAGGUCCAGACCACCAGCAAGGCUGCCAUUGCCGAGUUUGAACAGCAAAUUCUCGGCCUAGCCCAACAAGAGGCGGAGCCCGAAGCACCAGAGCCGGAAGCCGAGCAGUUAGUCAGCCAGGAAGAAGCGAGCGUUAGUGUCGACGAAGCUGCGAACCAGCAACGGCAGACGCAAGCUUUCUGGGAGGAGAUGCAGGAAAAAGUGGACGAGGCGGUCGAGGAUGACGCCCUGGGCAUUGGCCACGUUCGAGAGGCAAUUCAGGAUGCUCUCGAGCAGAGCGGUCUUCUCAAGGCACGGACGCCGGAGGAGGCACGUUGGUAUGUUGAUGGUCUCCUCGAGGCUCUCACUUCCAGCCAAGCUAGCGAGAUGCGCGAGAGCGAUCGCAGGGAUGAUCAGCAGCUCGAGACACCUGCCAUUGAAUCUGGCUCUUCGACAGUCGACUCUGCUCAAGCCGACGGUCUCGACACCGUGCAGGAGGCUACGCCAACGAGCGGCGUGAGUGGCGAAGAGACAACAGUUACACAAGAUGCAGGUGAAGCGCAGACAACGCAAGAUGGAGAAAAGUCCUCCCCUCCGAACACCAACCGCCAGGACUCUGAGGUACGCGGCUCUCGCGAUCUUGGCCUGAAGGAUCUCAUUCUUCAGGUUGCCACGCGUGUCGAUGAGAAGUCCGAGGCUGAAGAGGCUGAGAUGCCAGACGACGACGCCGCUUCCGACGUCUCCAAACUCCGAACAUUCGAACGGAUCCUUUCCGAGCUUGUGGCUAAGUCCAAGGAGGUAGAAAGCGACUCUGCAUCCUCGACAACAUCACAGACCGCCGACCCUUCGACUCAGAGCAGCGAGGAUCUCGAGUCCACAGUCGGUAGUGUGGCCGCGGCGGCCGAGGCUGUCAAAGAAGCCACCAGCGAUGCUGGAGCGAAGAACAAAGAGGCUGACACUGAACUCGACAUCUCCGAGGGCGAACUCCUGGGUAUGGUGGUGACGGUCCGCAACAAUGUCAACGGGCGAUACGUGCCGCGGCCCGGCCCCAAUUUUUUGGAUUUGAACUGGUCUCUGGAGUACUCUAUCGAGGAAAUUCCUAGCGAGCGCGCAAAGACGAUAUACAGCGCGAUCCAGGCGAGACGAAAGAAGGUGCUUACACCUGACAGCGGCUCUGACCGGAAGAAUAGAUGGUACGCCAUGUUCGCUGGCAAACUAGAGGAGAUGAGCAAGAGGGGGAGGCGGUUCCGCAAGCAGGAGGAUGCUUUGAGCAAGGAGUCGCCGGUCCAUGUUGUCGGCGAGGAGGCGCCCAUGACCUGGGAUGAGGCCUUCAGCCACCAAAAGCAGUGGAAGCCGCUGACAUGGGAUGAGCCCAAAGAUCCAUAG